UUUGAUCCAGCGAGCUUGUUAAUCCUCGAUCGCCUACAACAAGUUCUCUCGAAGCUAGAUGACUUCCCCAGAGGGCAUUCCUGCUCCCUGUCGGUCCAAGCCCAGGAGCCAGAGAUAUUUUCUGCUUCGCCAAAUGCCCAGUCUUCUCAACCAAUUUACGACUCAGAAGAUGCUCAUGGCACAUACGAUGAUCAGAAAAUCCCAUGUACCAAAGCUUCGCCAGAUUCCAUUCUUCAGUGGCCCAUCUUUGAAGACCAGUUUCCCCUCAACUACAUCAUUGACGGAGUGUUCUUAGCGGAGAUGCCCGAAGACAUGGACAUGGUCGCUAGCGGAAACGGAGGGGUCUCGAAGAAUACCCAUUAUCGGCAAGCGUUCCACACGAGAGGUGUUGCAAUAAACGAGGAUGCGACAACGGGCUUAGUCCAACGCUUUCUUGAUCUCGUACAUAUCAAGAACCCUAUCCUGGACCCUGACACCCUUUGGUCAUAUGUCCGUAAUGUGACCGAGGAUGGUUUUCAAUGGGACCCUCCAUCUUGCCUGGUGCUGCUUGCCUGCGCUCUUGGGUCCGUAUCUGAGGAAUAUGGGGUUACUCCUUCCCUAAGAACCCACCAAAAUUCACUCAAAAAGCGCAAACAUGAUCUCAGUGUAGGCGAAAAGUAUUUUAACAUGGCCCAGAGGAGGCUCGGGCUACUUGGAAAGGGCAUCUUAACCCCGCAGUGUCACUUCCUAGCCGGUGUCUAUCUAAUGUACACUCAGCGACUUCUGAGUGCAUGGUCAGAGUUUGAUUCAGCAUCAAAGUCAUACCACAUCUAUCUGCAAUGCCGGUCUCGUCAACCAAGCCACCCAUGCGAUGACUCUCCGCAGGGCAAGAGAAGACGAGGGUUGGAACAGAGGCUGUACUGGAGCUGUUACAAGUCCGAGUGCGAGUUGCGCUCGCAGAUUGAGCUGCCCAAUAGCUCAUUGGCAGACUUUCAGUAUCCGGAUUUGCUGCCGUCACCCCCAGAACUGCCCGUUUCCCACUCGGACGAAGAUAUCGAGGGCUUUUUGAGGCCCCAUGGAUCUCCUGCCAAGAUGAAGGCAUUGGACUCGCAGAAGCAGCAUGAACAGAGCUGGUUCUACUAUUUGACGGAGAUAACCCUUCGGCGGAUCACCAAUCGUGUUUUGAACAUGCUAUAUUCGAAUAACUCCCAUGGGUUGACCGAAGCUUCCAUACCAAUCAUGGUCAAGGCAGUAAAUGAAAUCGAGCAGCAACUUCAACGGUGGCAUGCAGGUCUCCCAGCACCUAUUCAGUACACGGAGGGUGUUAUGCCAGAUGAAGAGCUCCCUUGUAUGGUUCACGGCCGUGUACUGGAGAUAAAGUUCUGUUUAUUCCGUCCAUUUCUUGAAUAUGCCAUUCACCAACCACAAGAUCUGGCGUCCCAGCACUUGAUUGGCCCUUACAUUGAAAAGGCUAUAUGGGCCAGCCUCAUGAUUCUUCGAUGCAUCAACACCCUUCACCGUCACCAUGGGACGUGGUUUGGGCUUCGAAUCUGCACGGCGGCUUCACUAGCAUUGCUUGGAGCUGUCAAGUGUGGCAAGAUCGAUGUUCCACAAGGUUGGCAAGAUGAUAUCCGUGGAGUGAUCGAGGUCUUCAGAUAUUGGGAAGCCGAGUCCCCUGGACUUUCACGCGCCAUAGAGGUGAUCGAAGCUAUCAUGGAUACAGUAAGGGCUCAUGUAUAA